GUCUGGUUUGGCAGAUACGUGUGGCACCCGCGGUAUACACCUUGCCUACUGUCGGAUGCUGAACUUGCGCAGGUGGGUUGUGAAGGAGAGACGCAUGUCUCUGCCGGCGCUGCAAAAAUUGUUGUUGUUAGAGGCCUCAAGUCUGCUGCUGAACAAAGAAAGUGAGCGACAAAAAGGCGACCAAGCGUUGCUUCCGAAAUGUGAUGACCAUAACGUGCCUGGCUUAUAGGCUUAUUGUCAAUAUUCUAUAGCCGGAUACUAUAUCGACAAACACCCUACAGUGUGAAUAAUGCCAAGACCAUGAUGAGUGAAACAGCACUUCAUUGUGAUAGUUCCGAGACGUCAAACCGACAUCUCAAAGCGAGUGAAUAUACAUCUGGUCGUCGCCAGCACCUGCGACUCUUUAUGCUACUUGUUGAGGCAAUGUUUUGUCGGCUUUCAUCUCCGAGCCACUGCCGGCGUGGGGCAAACAUUUACCCGAGGCGUUGGCACAGAUGUCGGAAGUUUCAGUUUCCAACAUUGUUCGUUUUUUUUUGAAUAUGAGCUGGAAGCGAUCCUCAUGUUCCAGUAUGAAACUGAAACAGCGGUCUGGCGUGGGCGGUGAGUUCGUCGAGAACAGGCAACACCCCCAGAAUUCUGCAGCAGGCGUCUUGACCGCCGUCAAUGUCGUUGCCUCUCCGCACGUGAUACCUGAGAUGCACUACUUCAUUCAGUAACUCUUUUCUGCCCUAUAUAUACGCCUGCACGCAGGAGACGUCAGCCCACAAGAGAGGGCGAGAGGCCUGGGGGAAAGUGAGCAGCAACGAGUCCGUGCAGGCGCAAAGCAGGGCAUGGCAUCCACAAGAGGGUAAGGCUUAUCAGAACAUCUCCCAUGCAACUUUUCCACCGUGACCUUUUGAGUGGAAACUUUUAUGAACCUACAUAACGAGUGUGCAUUCGGGAUGCAUACCAUAUAUCAACACGGUAUCAAUUAUCUGGACGAUGAUGUACUGCAAAAGCAGUGCCCAGGUUGUAACGUCAGCACGAGUGCCCAAAGUGCGACAAACUCCAUAAGAACAACCAACCUACAUGCGCGCAUGCUGCCGCUGAACCGAAGGUCGAUGCUGCGUUCGUGUGAGCUCAGUUGCGGAAAGAAUGGAUCUAGCAAUCAGUGUGGCACAUAAUAUACCUUGACAAACAAUCGACGAUGCAUCCUGGGGAAGGGGGGAGGCAGAAUACUCCUGCGCGAGUUACUGACGUUUCAUCUCAUGAUGUUUCGACGCGAUGGGGUGACUUUCGGAUACUCAACUAUGUGUCGGCAUGCUAGUAAGUGACGGCUUCACCCAGACGUGGUGCCGUGAAUGUAUAUAUCUGCAAAUUUCUAGUGCAACAGAAGUGGCAUAUAUCGGCGGGGUUCUCACAUCAGACGGUUGACCUGCUCACCGUGGGUGGCUGAAGAAAAUGUUAACAAUACAAGAAACGUGUACGGAGAAAGGCUGCAAUAGUAGCUGAGCCAUCACAGUUCUGAGAAUGAGUUCUUAGGCACCUGUCAAGGUGACAACACCCCUACAGAAUAAUUCACAGUGCACAGCUGGUCAGUGUGCACUGAUUGAAUCUCGAGAUCUGCAAUAUGUCGAGAACAUUCAUGCAUAUUAGCGACUUGUCUGAUACUGGAAAACUGUCGUCACAACGGAAAACAUUACCGGACAAAUCUUGUAUGCCUGUAGUGUGACAACAUGCUUGACGGGGGCUCGUGAUCGAGGAGGAACUGAUGGAGAGGCGCUCGCCCUGUCUCCGACAGGAGCUGCUUCUUCAGCGUUUCUUCAGCAAGUGAGGCAGAAGCUCAUGAUACCUGCUUCGGAAUUACGGCAGCAUGCUCUGAAAAAGGAAACACGAGACGCAGGUGCAUCGCCAAAUGUAGCUCGGGAUGUCGAAGCAUGUUCAACAACAGCGGAGGGCAGCCCUGCAUCUCGUGUGUCAGGCAAACGUCCGUACUCUUCUCGACAAGUAAGAGCUGCUUGUUACGUCAAUACGAAGAACCCUUCGAGCAGUCGCGUAUUUGGAAAACAUGGCCCUGCCAUGUCGAGUGACAUUUUCCUGAGCACCGUUUUGGGUCACUUUCUCGACUGACGUGGUCGACACAAGCCAGCAACAUCAAAAUGAUCUGAUUCAAAAUGGAUGUAGAUAACCCGAUUUCCUAGUAUGCUUUCACCGCGAAACCACUAACGAAGGGUAGGACGGAUAUUACAUUGUACAGUUCCAGAGUACUUUUCCAUAUUGUUUUGUCUCAAGACAUCCACCGUGACUGGGUCAAGGGUGACGGAAUACCCGUCUGUCGUUGUGAUCUCUGGAUGCAGAGCAUCCAGGAUAGGCUUCCGCUCAAGGCCGACAUGCUAUUGCGCCCGACUAUAUCAACCAUCCCUCUCUCCGCCACUACGCGAACGCCUCUCAGACCACAGGAUGGCACAGAUCGGCCAUCUGCAAAAGAAGAUCGAGUUGUUGCAGGCAGCGCUUGCAGUACUGUCGCUCUUCCUGACAAUGUAGCAAGAUCCGGUGGAUUCUCAAUAAGAAGUUCUUUUGCCGAAAAUUUCCACCUCGGACCACAAAUCGGCAAAGGAGCGUACGCUCCGGUUCAUGUGGCGACACACAGGGUGAGCUCAGACACUUCUAGUUUCUGAAGAUCCUGGCCAGCUCCUGUCGCACAUCAUGGCAACCGCCGUUUUGUUACAAGAUGCUUCCGAUGUAGCCGCCACUGUCGCAGGCGUGAUUGUCUCCAUUCGUCGCAACCGAAACUUGUACAUUUCGACUUUUUAUCUCUUUUAUCACCGCGACAUAAUCUUCACAGUAUGCUGAGUUUGGAGAGAGGAAGACUGGCGUCCUAGUCUAUGUGCCAACCAUGCCCACAUGCCCCAGAAAAACGGCAAUCCAGUAGCGGUGAAGAUAUACGAGGGUUUCCGGUCAAUGAACAAGGACAGGAAGGCGGUUAUCGUCCGGGAAAUUCGAGUUAUGCGGAGGCUGUCUCACGAGUCGAUUGUGAAAUACGCGGGGAUCUACAAUGAGGCCAAUGCCCUCUACGUCCUCAUGCAGUUUCUGAACGGGGGAUCUCUACACUCUCUCGUGAAGAACCAUGAAAAUGGCAAGCUCAGUGAGGAGACUGCCAGAAACCUAUUCAAGCAGAUCUGCAAUGCUGUUAACCACAUGCACGCCAGGAGCAUUGUCCACCGUGAUUUAAAGCUGGAGAAUAUUUUGCUCGACAGCUCAGGCCGCAUCAAAGUAAUCGACUUCGGCUUCGCCUCCAUUGUCAAAAACGAUGCCCGCUGCCGUAUGCGGUGUGGGACGCCCUCAUAUAUGCCUCCGGAGAUCCUGUUAAAGAAGGAAUACGAUGGGUUUGCAGCCGAUAUCUGGUCUCUCGGGGUUGUUCUUUAUGCAAUGCUCCACGGAGGGUAUCCAUUCAGAGGCAACGGCCUUAAAGAGCUUUACGCCAAGAUUCUCCAAGGGGAUUUUCCUCUGAGUGUUCAUCUCUCCGACGCCGCCCAACAGCUCCUUUGUGGGAUGCUCACGCUUCAACCUGUCGACCGUCUGACAAUAGAGGAAAUUCUCGCUCAUCCCUGGGUCACAGGACAGACAAGCUGA